UUUUUGUUGGGUUUAGAUUUGCUUUGUCUUUUUUGCCUUUUUAAAUGGAGCAUUUGUAUAAAAAAACAGAAUUAUGAGGUAGUACAACAAUUCAGUGGGUUUGUCAUGGGUUUUUUUUUUUUUUUCCGUCAGCUCUGAAAGACUGUGCAUAAGGGUCCAUUCACAUCAUGGUGUGUUAGACUACGCAUUGACAUGCACCAUUUCUAGCGGCAUACUGCCACAUGUUAGCGGAUUGUCUUGAGCUGCACUGCAAGGUGCAUUUGGGUAUCAUUUAGAAUGUGACAUGUGUUGCAGUGCAUUGUGGUAAUGCUUUAACACCGUAGUGUCCCUUCUCAAACUGAUUAAAGUGGAAGAAAACCCCAACUAUAACUAUUCUUAAAUGAUCCCUCCCCCCCUCCUCCUCCUCCUUAAAUAUGUAUAAAAAAGAUCUGUGUAUUUACCUAUUUUCAAUCUGCUCCUGGGAGCAUUCUACAAUGGAUGUGAAUUCUGGGAGCAGUUAUGUCACCCAUAGGCUCCCAUGGCCUAGCCAUUGUCGGCGGUCCCCUGCAGCAGAGCAGCCUCUUACUGGCACAGAGGAGCCGGAGCUGUGGGAUCACGUGACCAGACCGGAGCAUAUUAAAAAUAGACUCUCCGCAGAUGCUACAGUCGUGUGAAAGAGCGCGGUGUUGGGAAAAGGAAAAGCAGCUACACCUUUGAACAGCUAGAACGAGUGUUUGGCCAGGGCGGAUGGGACACACAGCCAUGCCAACCAGUGCUAAUAAACAGCAGUGGAUUGUACCAGGAGAUGGAGUCUGACGGCAGCACCAUGGAGGACUAUUCCCAGGAGGAUUGGGCCAACCACAGCCAAGAGAUCCAGGGCUUCCCAGGGGAGGAAUUGGGAGUAGAAAAGCCUAACAUUUCAUACUUGGCACCUGUGCCACACCGCAAUGCUGGCGAGCUGCAAAGCGAAGUCUUCCGUGGAGGCAAUGAGGCAGUGGAGGAGAUUGGCAAGAGGUCCGAAGAGCCAGGUCAGACGUUACCAGGACCUUGGGUGGUCCAGAAGAAGCCAUUGCCAUGUCCCCCUAAUGACGAAGAAAUCGGUAUUCCCAAAAGACCGCCAAAGAGCAAAGACUCCGUAGAGGAGAUACAGAAAAGAGAUAUGCUGAAAACUAUAAUGCACAUCUUGGACUCCGUCCAGCUGAAGUGGGAGCUGUUUCAGAGCUGGACAGAUUUUUCGAGAUUACACCUCUCUAACAAACUGGCAAUAUUCGGAAUUGGUUAUAACACGAGGUGGAAGGAGGAUAUACGGUACCAUUACGCAGAGAUUAGCUCCCAGGUCCCGCUGGGUAAGCGGCUCCGUGAGUACUUCAAUCCUGAGAAGCCGGAGGGGCGGGUGAUAAUGACCAGAGUGCAGAAGAUGAAUUGGAAAAACGUUUAUUACAAAUUUUUGGAGAUCACAAUCAGCGAAGCUCGAUGUCUGGAGCUGCACAUAGAGACAGAGUGGAUUCCCAUUGCUCACUCCAAGCCUAUCGGAGGAGACAUCGUCCAAUACCUCUUGCCUGGGGGCAUUCCAAAAUGUCCGGGUCUCUACGCCAUCGGCUACGAGGAAUUGCGGAGCAAGCCUGUUACCGACAACGCAGUGGUGGAUUUAGUCAACGACGGGAAUUGUGACAGUCCCUCGGAGUCUGACGACUUGGUACCUCCAAAAAUUAACUAUUGCUACCUCGGCAUUGCCGAAAGCAUCACGUUGCAGCAGUGCUUGUUUUUCCACUUUCAGUCCACCGUCAAGAACCAGAGCAAAGAGUGGGCAAGCAUCAACGGAUUCUUAGCGCAGAACUGCAAGGUGGAGCCGGGCGUCUCCCCAAAAACUAUCUACAUCAAGUUUGUUGAAGUGGAGAGAGAUUUCCUUUCUGCAGGUUCUUUAGUAGAGUGCCUGGAAAAAGCCAUCGGGUACCCGUUAAAAUUCAACAAGUGAUUCUUGUCCUUUAUAAGGAUUUGGGCUUCUACGGACUUGUAUUGCAUUUUCUGCCAGGGUUUGCUGUUGAACCAUGAAUGAAUAUUGUCUAUGAUGGAGAGAACUUGUCUGAUGUUCGAAUGAAUCGUCUCUCCCUUUCCUCAUCGGGUUUGGACGAUCUUUUGUGGCAAGUUGAUAAAGCGUGUGUGAGGGGGGGAGGGGAAAGGGUGGGCCAUUAUAGUGUUUUUAUAAAAGAAUUUUAUUGUAGAGCCCUGUUACCAGUUAUUGUAAGUACAUUCCACAUUGGACAUAGCUUAUACUUUCAUUUUCAAAAGGAAAUACUGUAAUUUUUUUUUCACGUUUUUCAUUUUUACAUAUCUAUUCGUGUGUUGGAGUAAAAACUAAACGUAAUGAAUGACGACGCACAGCCUUGCGAACGUGAUCAGGUUUGCGUCGUGAACCAAUUUAGAUCAGCCUUUCUCAAUCUUUUUUGAACCCAGAGGAACCCUUAAAUUAUUUUUGGGUCUUGGGAAACCCUGCUAAAAUCGGCUCAUUGUGGAUUAUUGGGGGGAAAAAUGCCCCCUUACAGCGGCAGUCUGAUUGCCAUCCUUGGACAACUUAAAGGGUGCCUGCUGUCAUGCCACUGGUUUUGCCAAGUGACGUCUGCUACAGAUCUGUGCGGGCACCAUUAAAUGGAAGGUCGAUCACCUGCAACCUCUGGAGGAUCCUUGGUUGAGACUGGCUAAAUUUAGAUAAUAUUGUACAUAAUUUAGAUAAUCACUUUUUUUACCCAUUAAGUGUUUUUACUAUUUCCAGCCAGUGUUGCCUGCAAAGACUUUUUUUUUUUUUCUUUUUUUCUCUUCCCGUGAUGUACUGUAUUCACUUUUAGCCGUCUUGCCAUAUCCUUUUUUUUUUUUAAUGGUUAAAGUACCAAAUUUUGUGUUUUAUUUUUUUUCGUAGUUGACAUUUUAUGGCAUUAUAGACAGCCCACGUUUUAGGCUAAAGAUGGCGUUUUUCCUUACUAAAUGUGGAAUAUAAAUGACGUGACCUGAAUCAGUCAUUUUAUUGGUUAACCAGAAGCCAAAUUUUUGGUCAGCUGCUUUUUUGAACUGGAGUGUGCCACAAACCUCCUUAUUUUUUAGCAAAGCCCCAAAAAUAAAACAAUUAUGUUUUUUCACACA